CCUUUUCUCUCUUUAGUAAGCGGUUGGAGGGAUCGUGAGAAACCGCGAGGAAGCCGAUCCGAGGAGAUCCGGACUUCCCUCGUCUUGCUAUUUUCUCCGAAAGGGCUGCCACCCUCUCUCGGUUCACACCCCCAUCUCUAGACCCUGGCAAUUGACAUUACUUAAGAGCAGCAGGAGGAGGGGGGGUUCCGCUCUAACGGGGGGAGGACGGAGAAAAGCAAAGCAAAGCAAGACCUGUUUCCCCCUUCUCGGUGUUUUGAUUUUUUUUUAAAAACAAAUCUUAUUUUUAAUUUUUGCGGCGGUUAACGCGGCUGGAGCUAGUGAGCAUUUAGAAGGCAAAGAAGUCGGAGGGAGGAAAGAAAGAAAGAAGCCACCUUGAUUAGGACUGUCAGGAAUAGUGGCUUUAACCGAAGAAAGGCCUGGGGCACGACUCCCUGCCAACGAGUUCCCUGCAUCCGAGAUAAAGAUUCUAGCUACAUGGGCAAACGCUUGGAACAGCAGCAAAUGUUCCCACAGUACACAUACUACUAUCCCCAUUAUCUCCAAACCAAGCAUUCCUAUGCACCAGCUCCCCAUCCCAUGGCUCCUCCCAGCCCCAGCACUAACAGUAGCAACAACAAUAGCAACAACAGCAGCGGUGAACAGUUGAGUAAAACCAACCUGUACAUCCGAGGCCUUCCUCCCGGCACCACUGACCAGGACCUAAUUAAACUGUGCCAGCCGUAUGGAAAAAUUGUAUCUACAAAAGCAAUCCUAGACAAAAAUACAAAUCAGUGCAAAGGUUACGGUUUUGUAGAUUUUGAUAGUCCAGCAGCUGCACAGAAAGCCGUAGCAUCUCUUAAAGCAAAUGGUGUGCAAGCUCAGAUGGCUAAGCAACAAGAACAAGACCCCACAAAUCUUUACAUCUCAAACUUGCCCAUGUCCAUGGAUGAGCAAGAGUUGGAGAAUAUGCUUAAACCUUUCGGACAUGUCAUUUCCACCAGAAUAUUAAGAGAUGCAAAUGGCAUCAGUAGAGGAGUUGGAUUUGCCAGGUAAAAAGCUGAUUUUUUAUUAGCGUACUGGAAUUUAUUUACUUUUCUCUUUAGAUUUAUUUAUUUUUGCAUAGCAAGACUAUAUUUGCUAUUGUUGAAAGGGUUUGCAGUCAUAUAACAUGCAAAAUAAUUCAAGUAACUAAAAGAAAUUUAUCUAAAUGUAUGGGUACAUCUUUUCCAGAAAAUUGAAAAAUCACUUCUUGAGAAUAAAGUUUAUUUUAUUUAGUCAAAUAAUAGUAAAAUAACUGGGUGUAAUUAAAUAGCAAUUUAGUUUCAACAUGAAGAGAAAUAAAUGUCAUUCUUUCUGAAAAUGUGUAUAUGAUUAUGCUAGCUAUUUCUUAAUUUAAGAUUGAAAAAAGUAGAUAGGAAAAAUGAAUGUAAAAUAUAAUGAAUAAGUAAU